UAGAAACCAAUAAUAUCCACCAAAUAAUAAAUAAAUAAAUAUGCAGAUAGAUAGAUAGAUGUGUGGAUAAGGUUAUCUACCAAUACCAAGUAGAGAAGCUGCCACGUGAGAUAUGGAGAUAAUUCACACCUCUCUCUCACCCUCUCUUUAACUUAACCUAACCAAACCAAACCAAACCACCAUCUCAUCCACCACAACUCAUCAAUGGCUUCCACUUGUGCGGUUUCCAUGGCCAUGCCAUUGACCAACAAGACCACAAUCACAACCUCCUUCUUCAACCCAUUAAUGUCGACCCUUAAGGCUAACUCAUCUUCCAAGACUACUAAACGGAUGGUGGUGAAGAGCUCAUUGAAGGAGAACGCCGUGACAGCGUUGACUGCCGCUGUUCUAACGGCCUCCAUGGUGGUCCCGGAGGCGGCACAGGCGGCGUCCAGUCUUACUCCGUCUCUCAACAACUUCUUGCUCAGCAUUGGGGCUGGUGGUGUUGUGCUUGGUGGGAUUCUUGGAGCCAUCAUUGGUGUUUCUAAUUUUGAUCCUGUCAAGCGUGGGUGAGCAAGUGUCUGAUCUGAUUUGUUAUGUAUAAACUUAUGAAUCUUAUUUGCAACCAAUGUUAAGCAAGCAACAGAUAAAUUAUAUAUGCAUGGCCAUAAUCAGACCAUAGAGGUGUUGAUGAUUGCUUAAUUAUUAUAUAUAUUUUUUUUAAAUUA